AUGCCUAACCAGGCCCCUGGCUGUGGCUGCGCCCCUGUACCGGCCCCGACCGGGGCCCGGACGGGCUGUCUACCGGACCUGGUUCCUGACCCCUAUUACUUCCAAGCUGCCUCCUACAUUCAGAGAGUGCAGAUGUACGCAUUACGCUGUGCCGCGGAGGAGGGCUGCCUCACCAGAUCAGCGCACCGAGCGAGUGACCUGGACUACAGGGUUCUGCUGCGCUUUCCUCAGAGGGUGAAGAACCAGGGAACCGCUGACUUCCUGCCCGCCAAGCCCAGACACGAGUGGGAGUGGCACAGCUGUCACCAGUGA